CUGUAACUUGCUGUUGGACUUUCGCCGCUCAGUGUUUUGAAAAGGGUAAAAUGUAACUUGAGUAAUUUGACUUGGUUAGUGGGGAGAAUUUGUAAAGUUCGGAAUAUUGAAUAAGGAGUUCAUCAGCUGGAUCAACACAACACGGAAUCUCUUUACUUUGGAUAAAUAAAGUGGUUUGUGUGAACAGAAGCUGCCUGCAGAUGUGCCGGGGCUCAAAGACCUUUGUGCUGUCACCAGGAGAGAGCUGGCUUUGUGUAUCAGUAUGCCUCUUUUUGCCCACAUCAGACAGACCUGUGACACUAAGGUUCAGUAAUUGAUGAAAGCAGCAAGAAACGGUACCAAGGAGGGUUUAGGAAGGAGAAAGUUAGCAAUGAUUCGCAAAGUGUCAUUCCUACAGAGAAAAGACUCUACAGGUGAUGGAAAAGAUGAUGCCGGUUACAUAGAUGUGUUUUUGUGUGAAGUAAAACACCCUCCACCACAACUCUGCCCCAUGCCAGAGGGACUCAGCAGUCAGCAGGUUGUCAGACGUCUCAUCCUCAGAUCCAUUGUGCAAAGUGAGAGCAGCUACUUGGACUCUCUCAAACGAAUCCUUCAGGAGUACCAGAAGCCUUUGCUGGAGACACAGUCUGUGAUUUUAAACCCAAAGAAGGUGCGUCAGAUCUUUCACCGCCUGCACGAGAUCUAUCAGUGUCACUGCAUGUUCCAGAUUGCCCUUGCAUCCCGCGUGGCCGAGUGGGAUCAAAGUGAAAAGAUAGGAGACUUGUUUGUGGCUUCGUUUUCAAAGUCCAUGGUUCUGAACGUGUAUAGUGACUACAUCAAUAACUUCACCAGCGCCAUGGCUCUUAUCAAGAAGGCCUGCUUGUCAAAACCUGCUUUCUUGGACUUUCUUAAGAGGAAGCAGGCAUCAAGCCCAGACAGAAUCACCCUAUAUGGCUUGAUGGUUAAACCUAUUCAGCGCUUCCCACAAUUCAUUCUGCUGCUACAGGACAUGUUGAAGAACACUCCAAGGUCCCACAGUGACCGGCUGCCCCUGCAGCUGGCUCUGACUGAGCUUGAGACCCUGGCCGAGAAACUCAAUGAGCAAAAACGUCUGGCUGAUCAGGAGGCUGAGAUCCAGCACUUAGCUCACAGCACUGGGGAACGCAAUCUCAACAAGCUGCUGAACUCAGAACAGAGGCAGCUGAUUCAUUGUGAACUUCUUACUGAGAUAGUUUUUGGGGAUAAAGGUCAAGUUAUCAAGUCAAAGGAUCGGAAGGUCUUUCUCAUCAACGACACCCUCAUUUGUGCCAAUGUGAACCUGAAGGGUCCCCCUGACAUCAACACCCUGGUUCCUGUUGGUCCUAAGUACACAGUGAAGUGGAGUGCUUCUCUGCUGCAGACUCAGGUGGUGGAGGUGGGGCAAGAUAGUCUGCAGGGCAAAGACGGUGUCAUCACAGCCAGAUGUCACAGCUCUACUGCCAGCAUCACUGGUAAAGUAUUGCUUGGCCCUCCAAGAUUGUAUCAGGAAUUGGAAGAGCUGCAGCAUGACCUGGCUGUAGUGGAGGAGGUCUCACUGUUGGUUGGCACGCUCCACGGAAUCUACCAGAAUCUGAAUACCACAGUGUCUCAGGACUGGUGUCUGGCUCUGCAGAGGCUCAUCCGUCUAAAGGAGGAGGAGAUCCAGAACGCCAACAAGUGUCGCCUACGCCUAUCUGUUCCAGGCAAACCUGACAAGUCUGGUCGUCCAGUGAGCAUCAUGGUGGUCUUCAACACUCCCAACCCCUUCAGUAAGAUCUCCUGGGUGAACCGUCUUCACCUCGCCAAGAUAGCCCAGAAGCAGUUGGUGGGUAUGCGGAGUACCGCACUGCAGUGGCUCAGAUCCUAUUUGGCAGAGCGAACUUUCUCUGUGAAACUAGGGGAGUUUGUUGCUGGUGGAGGUGGCAACUCCAACCAUGGGCAAGUAGAGAUUUUCUCUCUGAACCGAGUCAGUGCCCGCUUGGUCAAAACCCUCCCACUGAGAGCCCCAGUCCUUUGCCUGGAGUAUGUAAAGGAGCCGUGCCCCAGUACAGUGCUCCAGGAGGGGACUGAGAAAGGCCCAAGGGCAGCCAAGACAGGAAACAUAAUCUGUGUUGGCCUGCAGGACGGCAGUAUCCAUGUUCAGAGCAGUGUGGACACAGCUGUUCAGUGCCUGCUGACCUUGGUAAACCCUGACAACUGUCCAGUGCUCUGCCUCAAACAUUUACUGUCGUUCCUUUUUGCUGGACUGGCUAAUGGCAAAGUAGCUAUAUACCACAGAAAAACUGGAGAGCGACUGUGGGAUGUGGAUUUAUGCAAGCUAGUGUCUCUUGGCUCCAAGCCGGUCUACUGUCUGCUGACACUUGAAGACACUAUGUGGGCCAGCUGUGAAAACCAAGUCACUGUCAUACAAGGAGACAGCCUCUGCAUGCAGAGCUUCGAAGCCCACUCAGAUCCAGACUUCCAUGUUAGCCAUAUGGUCCAUUCAGGUGGAGGUGUUUGGAUGGCCUUCACCAAAGGAUCCUCCAUUCAUCUGUUCCACACAGAGACCUUGCAACAACUGCAGGAAGUCAACAUCUCCACCCGUACCAACUAUCUGUCACCAGGUCACGUUUGUGUAUCCAGCUUACUGAUCUCUAAGGGUAUGUUGUGGGUGGGGACUAGCCAGGGCGUCAUCAUCACUUUCUCUGUACCGACUCUUGAGGGUAUCCCGAAGAUCACAGGUAAAGCGAUGACAUCUCUGAAUGCUCACUGUGGUGCUGUAGAUUUCCUGGUGUCAGCCUCCAGCACCCUGGCCUCUGAUUUGCUUCGACGGGAUUCCAUCUUCAACAUUAGCAAAGAGAGUGCUAAUGGAGAGGGAGGAGGAGGUGGAGGUAAUGUUGAAGGAGAAAGAGGAGAGCAGAAGCUGGAAAAUAGCCACCAUAGGGAGAACUUAGAAACUUCUCCAUGGAAGCAGGACAAACCUAAGCAUCUCCUAUUGCAGUACCACCUCCAUUCCACCUCCCAGCUUCCUGGGAAGCUGCUGACAGCUCAGCCAGAACAAGCGAACCCAAGGGCCUCCCCAGAUCUCCAGAUGGAGGACGGUUCCAUCUAUGAAGUAAAUGAGGACCCCGAUGUUUGGUUGAGAGGGCGGCCACUGGAGUUGGGGAAGGAGGGAGAGGCCAAACGUAACAAAGUCACUUCAACAGCCAUCUUCUCUGGUGGAAGAGGAUACCGCAGGAUAGGACUGUCAGCAUCAGAAGAAACCUGCUCAGACUCCAGUGAAAACACGCUGCUCGUGUGGCAGCUCCCUCUCACGCUUAGCCAGUGACAGCUUUCUUUGUCCUCAGUUACUCUAGUUCUAGUCACGUGUGAUUACUCUUAGACCAGGCACGUUUAAACAUUUAAGGUUGAUUCUAAAGUCAAGGACAUAUCACCUUUGACAGUUGACAGUUAAAAUAAAAGUAACAUUACUUAAGCCUACAGAUGACGACCGUCAUCACAGUGGAUACUAGGUGACAGCUUUAUUUACUACAGUGAGCAGUAGUAAUGUUGCAUAUCACAAAGAUAGCAGCACCUGGCAUCAGCAGGAAGCAAUCCCCCAAAGAACCUGGCUUAUAUAGUAUACUAAUUUUAAAAUCAGCAAUGUGUUUCAAAUGAAGCUGUACAAUGUGAUACUUGGUGGAACAUUUCUGUAUGGAAACAGGUUGUAUGUGUAUGUCAGAUGAGUGUCAAGCCUCAGUGUCUGCAUUUGGACCUUAAACGUUUUGAUUUGGACACAUAUCUCAGUGUUAGGCUAAACAAAAUAGUGGCAUAUUAUGAAAAGAACUUAAUGAAAACCUAAAUCUUUACAUAAUAAAGGAAAAAAAUGUAAGAAAAUUGCAUCACAAUGAAAGUUUCACUGGUGUUUGGGUGUGUGUGUGUGUGAGAGAGAGAGAGCGCAUGUGUGCAGCUACACCAUAAAUACAACAUAAAUACACAGACCCAGACAGUUAAUGGAAUCAAGUGAUGUCUUUACUGUGAGCUGUUAAGAUUCACUGCUGGAAAGUUCCACCUCCUAAUACUUCUAUUACCACUAGGAUGACGACUUCCUACAUCUGCCACAGCUGUUCCUUCAGUCUCGCCACUUCUCAGAUGUCUAAUGCUCCAUCUGUCUGAUGUUACUGUCAGCUGGCAUAGCCACGUCUUUCACAGCUGUGGUCUUCUGCUCCUUGUCAACUAUAUCUGUUUGGUUGGCCAGAGGCUGCUUUUCUAUCCGGAACUUGAAAGUCCCACAGGACCUUAAUCCACUGUUGUUUCAACCACCUUUAGACGCAAUGGGAACUUGGUGAUGUCUAAUCCAUAUGCAGCAAAGAUGUUCUACAAGAGUCAGAGGCUUUCAUGUAGUGAAUCCAGGUGGUGCUGAGUUUGGUCUGCCUGUUCCUCGAAUCUUCAUGAACUGCUCAACCAGGAGCUGGUGCUUUGUAAACUGUUAUUUCUAAUGUCCUUCUGUGCUGUGCUAAAUGGUUGACUCACGUGUCUACUUGUAACUAGCUUGGUUGCUGUGAUGCGUUAUUUAUGGUCGUGCAGAGAGACCGCAUCAUCUGUCCAGGGAUUGUGUGUCUGAUUGCACUGAACUCUGUUGUCAGCCAGCUGCAAAGAAGAACAAAGUUGUAACAUACAAAGAGUUGAAGUAAAACCAGGUGUUAAAAACAAUAUCUGUGCUUUACAUGCUGUAUUUUUUGAGCUCCCGUCCCCAGGGAACUCACUAUUACGCACUGCUCUAUUCCAGCCCACUUGGACAGUGCGUCUUGUGUGAUUGAAAAUCCCUUUCCCCUCCUGGUCUGUACAUGCACACAUUUGCGGGACUAUAAAUCCAACUUUAGUGGAGCUUCCAUGUUGUGGGGAUAUUUCAUAAUUGUCAAUUUUCUGCCCUGUAUUGGCAAGUCCAGACAGGUACCUGCUGUUAGCAGCCCACUUAUUUAUGCUA